AUGUUUCGUUCAUGGCAAAGAUUUGUUAAUUAUCAACUUGUUACAAAUAUCUUGCAAAAACAUGGAUUAGAUAUAAGACCUGAUGGGAUGAAGACAUAUCUACAGGUAACGCAUUAUCGUGGUGCAUCAUUAUGUCAACUAACACAACUACGAGAAUUACACUGCUCACCACUGUAUCUGAAGAAGAAACGAAAAGCAAAAGUAAAAGGAUUUGAUGAUGAUAGUAUUAGUGGCAGUAACGACGAUUCAGCUAAGACGUACAGUUAUGAUUUUGUUAUACAGCAUGGAGUGAAGGAAAUGAAAAGUUUAGAGGAUAUCUUCAUGCAGGAACUUACUAAAAGUCUUUCACUAAAGAUUGAUUUGCGAACAUACGAAGAUUUUGUGGUGAAAAUUGAGGACGGAAAGCAAUACAAGUUAAAUACUCUUGGUCGAAUUAAAUUAGUGAAUCCAUUGUUGAUUUCCGUGGAUUUCUCGGACAAUCCGUCAGCGAUAAAACCAGCGCGUCUUGCUAUUGAACAAUCGAAACUUAAUGUGACUCCACGUCAGGAAGGUGCUAUAUUGUACAUCUCGUUACCCCGGAUAACACGUGAACGACGUGAACAUAUGGCGAAUGUUGCAUCCAAAAAGUUGCUGAAUGAUUAUAAAAAAGCUUUAAAUGAAGUGUAUUCAAAAUAUGAUCGAGAAUUGGAGGAUCACGAGGAGUUUCAGAAAAUUAUGCAAGGAUUGUUGAAAGAAAAGAAGGCUUUGGAGAAGAAAGCGAUAAUGUUAAUUGAGGAAAGGCGUAACAAACUACUCACUGAAGUUAUCUGA